UAACCUGAAAAUGCUGAUCCUAUUUUGUGUAGCUUUCUUCACAAUGGGGCGAUGCACAGACGACAAAAGUUUUGUGACAAAGACUGUUUGUGUUGGAGAAGAUGUGACUCUAACAUGUAGCCGCCCGUCUGGAUUGUCAGGAUACUUAUUUUGGAUCAGAGUUGUUGCUGGAAACUUUCCUGAAAUGUUAGGAGCCACUUAUACAUUUGAUAAUGCCUACGUUAAUAAAACUCCUCGCAUUACAGCAAAACAAGAGCCUGGGACAUUUGUUCUACAUAUUACCAAAACAGAGCUGAGUGAUACUGCAUUUUACUACUGUGAACAAGUGGUUGAACUACAAACAACAUUUCUGAAUAAAACAUCUCUGAAAGUGAAAGCACCAGAACCUGAUAUCACUGCUGUCAUUCAAGACUUUCCAUCUGAUCCAGUCCGCCCAGGAGACUCAGUGACUCUUCAGUGUUCAGUCCUCUCGGACUCAGAGAACAAAACAUGUCAGAGUGAACACAGUGUGUUCUGGUUCAGAGCCGGAUCAAGUGACUUUCAUCCCAGUUUAAUAUACGCUCACAAAAACCGUGGUGAUGAAUGUGAGAAGAGUCCUGAGGCUUACUCUCCACAGAAAUGUGUUUACAACUUCUCUAAAAUCGUCAGCUCCUCUGAUGCCGGGACUUAUUACUGUGCUGUGGCCACAUGUGGGGAGAUAUUAUUGGGAAAUGGAACAAAACUGGACAUUGAAGCAGCCAACAUGUCAUCUGGCGAUUGUCAGCGGGCCAAUAUAAUUCUGUCUCUGUUGUGUACUGCUUUGGCUACAAGUUUGACUCUUGCGGCCUUACUGGUAUACACCAUCAAGAAAAAAAAGUUCAAUUGUUGUAAUGCUGCUGCUGUGGUCCUGCAAACAAAUGCAACAUCUACUGGUGAACAACAAAGUCAGCAAACAGAUGAAGACUCAUUGGUUUAUUCUGUGCCAAACUUCACCAGAGGGAAAGCUGGCAGGAGUGUCAGGAGAGAUGCAAUGACAGUCGAGGGAGAGAGCAUCUACACUGAUGUCAGGGUUUUGGGGUAGGAACAGCCACAUAUACACCGUAGGUCCUAAUGCUUGAAUGGUACAGCCUGUGGCAGAUAUUUAGCAGCAUAAAAUGUCCUGUUAUAUGGCAAAUAUUUUCUCUGUAGUGACAUAAA